AUGCCAAAAAUCAAUUGCAAAGGCUGCAAAAGAGUAAUAUGUACUAAAUGCAGUGGACUAAGUGCAACAGAAAUGCGUGUUGUUGCACUUCAAACCCCCAAAUUGUCAUACCUAUGUGAUGACUGCGAGGAGGGGCUAAGGCAGAUUCCAGAUCUUCGCAGACUUGUAACAGAACUUCAACACAAAUUCACCAGAAGAAAGAAAAGUCAUGAUAAAGACCAGGUUUCUAAAACUGUUACGUCACUGGUAACUCCAGAACCGGAAAUUCUCACUGUCAUCCGUUUGGGUCAACCUGUAUCCAAAAUUGAAAAGCCGCAUCCUAUCAAGGUAGUCCCGGCCAAUAAAUAUAAUGCUAUAAAUGUUCUGAAAAAUAAAGGUAAGCUGCCAAACUCUGUUAAGGUAAAGGCUGAUAUGACACCAUAUCAAAGAUAUCAACUUAGGAGACUUCGUGAAGAACUAGCGGCUAGAACAGAAAAAGAACUCCACAUACUAUACACGAAUUUGGCUUCCAUUAUAGCAAAAUUUGAUUUAUUUCUUCUUGAAAUUAAUACACAUAAACCUGCUUUUAUUUUGAUAUCAGAAACUCAUUUACAUUCUGGAAUUGAUGACAGCCUUAUAAAUAUAAACGGAUAUACGCUCUUCCGGUUGGACAGAGGAGAAAUAAAAGGGGGAGGAGUAGCAAUAAGAGCUCAAUUUGAAACAAAUGUUAUAGACUCUGGACCGAAAGCUUUCUACGGAUACAUUAGAAGACAACUUUAUUCUAAAGUCACCAUUCCUAACAUGCUUAAAACCGAGUCACAAGAACUUGCAGAUGAACCACAUAAAAUCGCGGAGCUGUUUGCCGAUCAGUUCCUUAAUAGCUACGUAAGAGAAAUAGAUGGACCAAUUCCCUCCAUAAAUAUGCCAACAGCAAUAAACUCAAUUGAUGAUGUAAAAUUUACAGCCGAAAUCGUACUAAAGAUCUUGUUAACCUUUGAUGAUGCUACUGCUACUGGUCCUGAUGGAAUACCGUCUAUAUUACUAAAACGGUGCUCAUCAUUGCUUACCGAACAUAUAUCAAGCUUUAUGAACAAAUCCACGGAGGAUGGACGCUUACCCACUGAUUAG